AUGAAUCUGGUGGGAGGUGUUGAUCAAAAUGAUCAUCAUUCUAGGCUUAGGGAAGUGAAGGGCUCAACACCAAAAUGCUUCUCGAUGGAUUUCGCCUAUUAUGUCCCUUCUGAGAGAUACCCAAGAGAGACUAAUGUAGUGGAGGAGGAAGAAGAUGGUGCAAAUAAUGAUAGCGAUGAGUCAGAUAAUGAAGAUGAUGAUGAUCAUGCUAAUGGGGCUGGUCAGAGAAUGAGUGAAGUGGGUGAGAGAAACGAGACCGAUCAGGACGAUAAUUCUUGGUCACAUUCUGAUGGGCUGGAUGAUAUGAAGUUGCAAAUGGCUGCUAUAUUUCAGGACUCGACAAAAUCAUUGUGGGAACGAAGAGAGUGGAUUAAGAAACAGACGUUACUCCUCUACGAGGAAAGACUUAGCUUGCAAGCCCAAAGUUUUGAGCUUGAGAAACAACGUUUUAAAUGGCUGAGAUAUUGUAACAAGAAAGAAAAGGAACUAGAGCGGUUGAGGCUGGAGAAUGAGAGGCUGAGACUUGAGAAUGAGCAGAGUUUGUUGCAGAUGAGGCAGAAAAAGUCAGAGAUGAGUUUCAGGAUGUCAGAAGCAGCAGCUUUUGAUCCCUCUCACCCUGUCAUUGAUCGACUGGGCGGACAUCAGAUGAACUUUGCCAAGCAUCAAUAG